UAUACAUUUCAGGUUAAUUUCGAACUUCAACUAAACAGAAACAAUGGCUGAUAACGAUGAUCUCUUAGAUUACGAGGAUGAGGACCAGACCGAGCAGGUUACUACGGAAGCGGCUGAGCAGCCAAAAAAAGGAACGUACGUCUCGAUUCACAGUUCCGGGUUUAGGGAUUUUUUGCUGAAACCCGAAAUUCUCCGUGCCAUUGUGGAUUGUGGUUUCGAGCAUCCAUCAGAAGUGCAACAUGAAUGUAUCCCACAGGCGGUGCUUGGUAUGGAUAUCCUGUGUCAGGCUAAGUCUGGUAUGGGAAAGACGGCUGUCUUUGUCCUGGCAACUUUACAGCAGCUGGAACCAACGGAAAGUGUACCAUACGUGCUGGUUAUGUGCCACACUCGCGAGUUGGCCUUCCAAAUCAGUAAGGAGUAUGAACGCUUUUCCAAGUAUAUACCCAGCAUGAAGGUAGCCGUGUUCUUCGGUGGGCUUCCCAUUCAAAAGGAUGAAGAAGUGCUGAAGUCAACCAACCCGCAUAUCAUCGUUGGAACACCGGGCCGUGUCCUUGCAUUGAUUCGUAACAAGAAGCUGAAUUUGAAGCACCUCAAACAUUUCAUCCUGGAUGAGUGCGAUAAGAUGUUAGAGCAAUUAGAUAUGCGUCGAGAUGUACAGGAAAUUUUCCGUAAUACACCGCACGGUAAACAAGUAAUGAUGUUCUCCGCUACGCUUAGCAAAGAGAUUCGCCCCGUGUGCAAGAAAUUUAUGCGAGAUCCAAUGGAAGUUUAUGUUGACGACGAAACCAAAUUGACGCUUCAUGGAUUACAACAGCAUUACGCUAAGUUGAAGGAGAACGAAAAGAAUAAGAAGCUCUUCGAACUUUUGGAUGUAUUGGAGUUUAAUCAGGUCGUUAUCUUCGUAAAAUCCGUGCAGCGCUGCAUGGCGCUGGCUCAGCUGCUUACGGAGCAAAAUUUCCCGGCUAUCGGGAUUCACCGUGGCAUGGUGCAGGAAGAGCGCUUGUCCCGUUACCAGCAAUUCAAGGAUUUCCAGAAACGUAUUCUGGUAGCUACCAACUUGUUUGGACGCGGAAUGGAUAUUGAACGUGUCAACAUUGUCUUCAAUUAUGAUAUGCCCGAGGAUUCCGAUACCUACCUGCAUCGCGUGGCUCGUGCCGGACGAUUUGGUACCAAGGGGCUGGCGAUUACAUUUGUUUCCGCUGAAACAGAUGCGAAAAUUUUGAACGAAGUACAGGAUCGAUUCGACGUUAAUAUUACCGAACUCCCGGAUGAAAUAGAUCUCUCGUCGUACAUUGAAGGACGAUAAAAUGCCACAACAAUUCAAUUUAAAUUUAGACUAAUUUAGUUUGUAACUGGAGUAAAAAACGCAAAAUAAAUUUACGUUAAUUUGUGAAUCC